CCGCCCCAGCGAAGGCUCACCGGCCCCUCAGCGCGACACAGCCGCUGCCGGUGCCUCCCACCGGGACGCCCCCGCUGGCGCCGGCCCUGCUAACGCAGCCGCGGGCUAUCACCGCGACGAAAGGCUCCCGGCUCGGGCGGCCGGGGGCGGCGGCCGCUGCCGCGGUGACGGCGGAGGGCGGCCGCUCCCCCGCCGCCAGGCCCCGCCUGCCUGCGGCCGGGCUGGGAGCGAGCGGCGGGGCGGCGAGAUGGCGGCCUCCCUGGGGCGCGCGGCGGCCGGGCUUCUUACCAGAUUGCAGACUUCAGCUCCCACUAUACGAACUCUAUCAUCAUCAAAUUCCUUCUCUCAAAACAUUCCAAGCUGUUUGUGGAAACUGGGCCGACUUAAUCAUGUAGCAAUUGCAGUACCUGAUUUGGAGAAAGCUCAGUCCUUAUAUAAAGAUGUAUUAGGAGCACAGGUGAGCGAGACUGUUGCUCUUCCUGAACAUGGUGUCUACACUGUUUUUGUGGAGCUGGGAAAUACCAAGCUGGAACUGCUACAUCCUUUAGGAGAGAAAAGUCCCAUUGCAAGCUUUCUGCAAAAAAACAAGACUGGAGGAAUGCAUCAUAUCUGCAUUGAGGUUGAUGACAUAAAAGCUGCUAUGACAGAACUGAAGAAAAAAAAGAUAAGAAUAUUGAGUGAAGAGCCAAAAAUAGGUGCACAUGGCAAACCUGUGAUUUUUCUUCACCCUAAAGAUUGCCACGGAGUCCUUGUGGAACUUGAGCAAGCUUGAGCUGUAAUAUUCAUAAAUAAAACAAUAGAUUAGUUGUGAAGUUACUGAGCUGGUGCUGGGAAUAUUGAUGUGGUAUUCAGCCUUUACAAGUUCACUGUAGUUCCUGUGUAUUAAGUACAGCUUUUGAGUACUGAAAUAAUGCUACAGUUUUAGGGUAAUUUUGUUUUUAUUGUUGUUGUUGAUCUGAUUUUCAGAAUUAGUAUGUUGACUUCUUUGUGAUUCUAAAGACAAAUACAUCAGCCAAGUUACAAACAGUAAUUUAUGUUCUGUUGCCUUAUGUUUGCAGCAUGGUUUUACCUCUGUAACCACAGAAACUGUACAGUUUCUAGGUCAUCCCAUAUUAUUUUGUUCUACAUUUCAGAGCAGAGACCCACUUCUCAGUGACAACAAUAUAGCUUAGAUAUUCCCUUUAGAAAUAAAGGAAAAAGGAACAUUGUAUUUUUCUGUUUUCACCAUUCACCAUCUGUGCUUCAUGCUGAUUGAUUGGUUCAUGCAAUAAAAAAAUCCUUAUGUUAUUGUA